UUUUCGGCGAAGGUCAGAUCAAUACACCUCUUGGAACCCGUCAUUCCUGAAAUCGAAACGGCAAGAUCUGCUCCUUCCCGCGCGCACGCUGGUCAUCACUCGAGCAAUCCUUCUUUUCGCGCCCGCACUGUCCUCGUGGUCCAUAGCACGCACAUGUACAGAUUCGUUUCGCGACAAGCAACUUGGUCGCAAACAACUAAGUCAAUAACGCUCUGAAUGCCGGCUCAUUCUCUAGAUUGUGUUAUUUGCCAUCGCCUUAGCCUCAGUCUGGCGCAUCAUCCGGCUACGGGAGCGCAGAUCGUCGAUGCUCCUCCUUAGUCCCACCGGUCACUUCUCCGGUCUAUUUGUCUCGAGCGGUGACUUGAUAGCUUCAGCCAUUCAAUCAUGGGCAAUGUUGGAAGCCGCCUGGAUGAUUCCGGGAACCUGUACUUUAAAGACCAAGCGAAAUUCACGAUUGCUGCCGUAACGAUCACAAAUUCUAGGCGUCGAGUACUCUUGCAUCUCGUUCCCAACUCCUUUCCUGCGACAAGAUAUACCGCAAGGCGCGAAGUUGGCGAUGACAGCCCGAUCGAGUACAUUCAGGACCCGGAUCUUCCUCCAUCUGCACCAGUGCCCACAUUUCUCCUGCGCCUGGCUAACGAAGAUGAGCUGAACUUCAACUUCACAUUCAUCUUGAGGCAAACGCAAACGGGAAACGUUGCAACUGCCACUGUGAACGGAGUCUCUACAUCUUUGCCUGAAGUAGCCGACACUGUCCUUACCGGCCUCACGUUUGCGCACGCGUCCAACACUAGAGAUCUGGAUAAUCUAAUUACUCGCGAGUUUCACGCCAACCCGAAUCUCCAGAACAAUUCCAACGUACAGCUGGUGGGCGAUUAUUCGACGGGGGGCAAUCCUUCGAUUCAAUUCGACUGGUCGUGGAAAUGGAAACCGCCGAAAGCCAUAGAGGACAAAGGAGGUGGUUGGAGGAAUAGCUGCAGCUUUCUUGACUACGACCAGCGAGCCAAUCGCCUGAAUACUCUCGCUCAUGUCUCAUUUUGGGUACAUAGCACCCAGCGUGCCCUUUCCAGUCCUCAGGUCUUGUCCCCAAGCCUAGAAAUCCCCGUCCCUUUUCGAGAUCGUAUUCCUUCCUCGCAGUCCAUCAUAUCCCACUCCAGCGAUGCAGAUACAGCAUCGAACCUCCAUGUUGUGCCUGUCACACCUCCAGAAGCUGGUGACACGGCCUCUCUGCAACUCCCCGGGUCUGUACCUCCGCACCCUGUCAAAGUCGAUCUGCCUCAUUCGCGUCCCGGGGAGGACAUGAGCGUGGUUGAGGAUGGUCCCUUAUUCCGUGCAACCAUGAAAGCACUAGAGCAGAAGACAGGGAAUAUGCGAGCAAAAAUAAAGAAAGUGCUCAAGAAGGCGGAGGCUGCCCAGCAAGCACAAGUGGCUUGUAAUGAUGCUGUAGAAGCAUUCCUCUCCGCACUAAACGAAGCCUCUACAUCCAAUGCCAAUGCAAUUCAGCCUGCACUUGAUCAUUAUUUCGAGAAUACGGCACGCCAGAUUCUGAAUUACGAACGACUAAACACGUUACAACUCCAAAAACUCCUUAUUGAGCCGUUGGUCAAACUUUACAACAAUGAUAUUAAACAGGCCGAGGCCAAAAAAAAGGAGUUUGAAGAAGAGAGCAGAGAUUAUUACGCCUACGUUGGUCGCUAUCUUGGCCAGCGACAGGAUACUUUAAAGGAGAAAAAACGAGCGGAGAGUGACUCGAAAUAUCAGGCUAAGCGGCGCAACUUCGAACUAAAGCGUUUCGAUUACUCCUCGUUCAUGCAGGACCUGCACGGGGGUCGCAAAGAGCAAGAGGUUCUCUCACACUUGACCAAAUAUGCGGACACUCAGGCGAAGAGUUUUCUUGCUGCCGCCAAAAAGGUUGAUGAUAUGAUUCCCCAGUUGGAUGCUUUGAUCCACGAGGUCGGGCAAGCGGAUAAAGAAUUUCAAUUUCAACGAACAGAGAGGGAAGAAAAGCGAAGAGCACUGGAAAAGAGCAGCAACACUUUCCUUGAACCAGACUCUCUUAUCACUUCGGGCGCUCCGUCCACGCUGUCAGGAAGUACCAACGGAACCCAGAAGCUGGAAAGUGAUUUAGGCCGCUCAGAUAGCACCGGGUCACAGCUGCGAAGCGUGGCUAGCAAUAAUUUAACAAUCCUACCACAAGCUAUUCCUUCUACGACACCUGCGACUGGGCUGUCCGUCCUCGCAUCAACGGUGGGCUCAACCAGUCAACAGAGGAAGGAAGGUCUUUUAUGGGCGCUUUCUCGCCCAGGCUCCCAUAUGGACCCCAAAGGCAUUAACAAACAAGCUUGGCACAAAUUCUGGAUUGUUCUAGAUCAGGGAAAACUUUCGGAAUAUAGCAAUUGGAAACAGAAGCUUGAUCUACACAUGGACCCCAUCGAUUUGAGGAUGGCAUCUGUCCGAGAGGCUCGAAAUGCAGAGCGGCGAUUCUGCUUCGAGGUUAUCACGCCACAAUACAAGCGCAUUUACCAGGCGACCUCUGAAGAGGAUAUGUCAAAUUGGAUAAGAGCCAUAAACAACGCUUUGCAGAGUGCAGUCGAGGGCCGCGGCAUGUCAUCACCACCCAUUACCACCGACAAUGAUGGUGCUUCUUUCACUCGUGACAUUGGAUCUGUUUUGACUGGCAAAAGCAGCUCGUACUCUGUUCACCAUUCUCAAUCGACCGGCUCCAAUAACAAUGUCAACCGCCGUACUACUGUAGGCGCAAGACCAAGUUACGUUCGUGACAAUCAUGGGUUCGAAGAAAAUCCUUCCAAAUUACUCCAGACAGUGCGCGAUGCCGAUCAAGGCAACAAUUGGUGUGCAGACUGCGGCUCCAUCUCGAAGGUCGAAUGGGUAUCUAUCAAUCUGGGAAUUGUCUUGUGCAUCGAGUGCAGUGGUAUUCACCGAUCACUCGGGACACAUAUUUCGAAAAUUCGCUCUUUGACGCUGGAUGUGAAUUCUUUCUCGAACGACAUUGUUGAGAUCCUACUGCAGGUCGGCAACCGUGUCAGUAACAUGAUAUGGGAGGCGACACUUGACCAUUUGCAUAAACCAUCCGCCGCCUCCACUAGAGAGCAACGGUUAAAAUUCAUCACCGCGAAGUAUAGCGAAAGAGCAUUUGUCCAGACGCUUCCAUCCCCCCUAUCCCGCUUUGCUACUGCGGACGAGACUCUUCUUGCUGCAAUCAAGAAGAACGACAUCCAGGGUGUACUUUACGGCAUCGCGCUUCGUGCCAAUGUGAACAUUACUGAUCGUUCUCGCAACACCCAUGCGGUGUUUCUUGCCCUAGCCGCAGCUGAUCCCGCAACACCGGGUUCAACAUCUAAUUCAUUGAUUAGAUCACCUGCGAGUCCUCCUGUGAAAGCGAUUCCUUUCCCCAUUGCAGAGAUCCUUGUCCAGAACGGAGCUGAAAUUCCCCUGCAGCCACCGCCUAUCCCUCUUUCGCCGGCUGCUCAAUUAUACCUUAGUCAAAGGACUGCAAGAGUGUCGGCUUAUAGCAGUACUCCUCCCGCGCCUCCGACUGGAAAGAGUACAACCGAUGGUCUAGGUUCACCACCAACGAUUCGAGGUCCGGCCCUCGACAAUAGCGUCGCAUCACCCUCGCAGGCUCCGAGCUCACUCGAUAGUAAGGAGCGUGAGAAGCUGCACAAAAGAGGUAGUGCCGGUGCUAGAUUUGCUGGAAAAGUCGCCUCGCUGGGUAUAGACCGAUAA